AUGUACUCCCUCCUUUACGGAGGGAGUAUUAGGUACGAGCGAUUCCUCCGGUCGAACCAUAGAAAAACGCCCGAAAAAAAAUCUACGAAAUUAAACCAGCGAAGAAAAACACAAACGAAUCGCACGAGCGAUUCCUCCUGCCCUCGAACCACUGGCACGCACGACUCGUUCGCCGCCGUCAUCCAUCCCUACGUCCCCGCCGCUCCUUCCUUCGCCCCUGCCUCUCCUAUCGAUCCCCUCAAGGACACGCCGCCGCCGUCGUGCGAUCUUCAAACUGAAGCAGACGCACGAGAUCGCCGCCGCGGCCAAUCUCACAGCCAGCCAAACCGCACCACCAGCCGCCACGUUGAUGCACUAGGGUUAGCGUCACCAGCCGCCACGCCGACGCCCACCCUCGCACCGGCAUCACCUGAGGCAAAAAACCGCAUAGACGCUCCUCUUCUCCCGGACAAGGUCUCAAAGGAGACGCCGCCGCCGAUCCGGGGAUACGCCGUCGCGAAUCACCAAGACGCGGCCGUCGCGGACCACCAGGACGUCGGCAGCGGCGGCGCCUCAGAUACGUCUUGGACCAGGACGCGGCCGUCGCCGAUCAGGAACAGGACGCUGCUGUCGCGGAUCCCAGGACACUGCCGGCGACGCCGCCUCAGAUACCCACACCAACCGCCAGAGAUGCCGCUGCCCACCACAUCGACCAGCUCCAAGCGGCGUCGGGAUCAGGCUCCAGUUCCCUACCCCACGUUGUUGUUGUUGUUGCUGCUGCUCCAGUUCCAAUUCCAGCGAGUGCCAGCGAUGGGGAUGCUCGGCUCGCAGUCCCUGCUCUCAUUUUCCUCCAGCCUCUGGGAGCAUCAGCUACGUCUUAUGUGGGGAUGAACCAUCAGCUAAAGGGAGUGAUAGGAAAAUAUUUUGUUGAAUGCAAUGGGAAGGCGAAAAACGACACGCCUUGGUGAAGCAACUCUGAGAUUCGGAAACAAGGACUCCUAUUUGUCUGUAGAGCAUGUGGAGCUGUUGGGCAAGCAGAGUUCUAUCUGGGUAUUCAUGUAGCUGAGGAUAAAAGGGAAAAGGAAAAUCUCCAGGCUAUCAUGCAUACCAUGCAUCUCUAAGGCUCAUGCUGUGAGGUCAUUUCAAUUUUAAUCUCUGGUAAUUCAGUGUAUUCUCAGACCAGUCAACCAUUUAUAGUUUUUCUAACUCACCUUUGUAAAUAUUUGGCACCACAACACUACGUAGUUUCUAUGUUUUAGCUUUGAGUUGUCAAUUUUGUAACUUUGCAGUGUUUCCUUUGAUUUUGGCAUGUAUAAACUCAUUUUUAAUUU